AUGGAAUAUCCGUCGGUGGAGACCAUUGAGAGGCUUGCCAAGCGGCUAAAUGAAUCCCAUGGCCAGAAGUUGUUGAUCUUCAACUUCUCAGAGGAGCCCUACGAAAGGAGCAAGUUCGAUGGUGAGGUUUUAGAUGUCGAUCUGCAGAAGAUGGAAACUCCGCCGUUGAAGCUCCUGGUGGAACUUUGCCUUUCCGCAAGCCAGUGGCUGACGACAGAAUCCGGCAACCUUCUCGUAGUUCACUGUCGAUCAGGUUACGGCCGAUCCGCACUCUUCGGGGCUUGCUUUGAGUCCUUCCGAGGACGGCGAAGCCCCAAGGAGGCCCUUCAGACAAUCGCCGAGCGCCUGCCAGUGCAACUGCUUCCAUCCCAGCAGCGAUAUUUGGGAUACUUCCACCAGUUCUUGGAGGGCACCACGCCACAAGCGAAGCGCCUGCGUUUGUCCAAGGCUUUGCUGAGUGGCGUGCCAGCGUUUGAAGCGGAAGGAAGCGCGGCUUUCCGGCCGUUCAUCGAAGUUUGGGUGGCUGGAGAAUUGGCCUACUCUUCCUUCAAAGGUGGCAAGAGCGAUGAGGCGGUAUGGCCCAGCAACUACGCCUCCAGUGAUUCCGUGGUCGCCUUCGCGCUUCCAGCGCAAUUGCUCGUGUCAGGAGACGUCUUGAUCCAGGUAUUUCAUCUCUAUCUGGACGCCAAGCGGGAAUUGGCCAUGAAGCUGGCUUUCCAUACGAACUUCAUCAAUGAAGGUCUGCAGCUCAGCAAAUUCGAGUUGGAUGCCGCGUGCACUGACGAUCGUUUCACGGAUGACUUCUUCGUCGACCUGGUCUUCGAGGAGGUGCCAAAAAACGAAGACUCCACUGAAGAGGAAGAGAAGGUGCAGCAGGCAGCAACUGAAGAUGCGGCAGUCUUCGAGAAGGCCCGCGCUGUGUCAAAGCAGCUGCGUGAGGAGGCUGCGCAAAGCGCCCCGGCAGAAGUGCAGGGCGGUACGGAGGAGGGCGACGUGGAGGCUGAGCUCGAGGCCAUGCUAAUGCGCGGCGGACCUGCAGAAGGUUCUCCCAAGGAAAUGUCCAACGGAGGAGGACACAGCGGCGACGAGGACUUGCGCAAGGAGCUGGCUGCUGCUGCUGAGGAAUCAGAGCGCAAGGUGGAAAAGCCAGUUGAAAAGACCGUUGAAAAGGCCGCGGCGCCGUCACAGCCAUCUGACAAGCCAAGCGCAAAAUCGGCAGAGAUUGACACGCUGUUUAGUGAGUUUGAUGCUGUCCUGGCAGGUGGCACCAAAGGUGAUGUCCCUUCCAAGGGUGGUGGUUACAGUGAAUCUUCCAAGCCAGCGGCUUCCACAAGCAAAGCUGCUGAAAAGAAGGAUAUGUUCGCCGAAGUGGAUGACUUUCUGAAAGAGUUGGACGGUGGGGCGGGCAGUAGCACCAAGUAG